CUUCCCACCUUCUGCAGGAUGGCUUCUGCUUGGCGGAGACUGGGCUUUUAUGUCUCUUUUCUGAAAAGCCAGCGAGAUGGCGGGCCAGGGAUCAUCAGCAGGGGAAGGAGAGUGAUCCCGGGAUGGGCCAGAGAUAUUUACAGUGCCACGGGAGAAUGGACGAAAGAGUACACACUGCAGACAAGAAAGGAGGUCGAGAAAUGGUGGCAUCACCGAAUAAAAGAACAGGCCUCCAAAAUUUCAGAAGCUGAUAAAUCAAAGCCCAAGUUUUACGUACUGUCCAUGUUCCCUUAUCCUUCUGGCAAGUUGCACAUGGGCCACGUACGUGUGUAUACCAUCAGCGACACCAUUUCACGGUUCCAGAAGAUGAGAGGGAUGCAGGUCAUCAACCCCAUGGGAUGGGAUGCCUUUGGACUGCCUGCUGAAAAUGCAGCGAUUGAGAGGAAUCUACAUCCAGAAAGUUGGACGCAAAGUAAUAUUGAACACAUGAGGAAGCAGCUUGAUCGACUGGGCCUGUGUUUCAGCUGGGAUAGGGAAAUAACUACAUGUUUACCAGAUUAUUACAAAUGGACUCAGUACCUCUUUAUUAAGCUCUAUGAAGCUGGGCUUGCCUAUCAAAAGGAGGCCUUGGUUAACUGGGACCCAGUGGAUCACACGGUGCUUGCCAAUGAGCAGGUGGAUGAACGUGGCUGUUCAUGGCGUUCUGGAGCAAAGGUGGAGCAGAAGUACCUCCGACAGUGGUUUAUUAAGACCACUGCUUAUGCAAAGGCCAUGCAGGAGGCGCUGGUGGACCUUCCCGAGUGGUAUGGAAUAAAAGGCAUGCAGGCCCACUGGAUCGGAGACUGUGUGGGCUGCCAUCUGGACUUCACAUUGAAGGUGGAUGGUCAAGUCACAGGAGAAAAGCUGACCGCCUACACAGCCACCCCCGAGGCCAUUUACGGCACCUCCCACGUGGCCAUCUCUCCCAGCCACAGACUCUUACAUGGGCACAGCUCUCUGAAGGAAACCUUUCGGAAGGCACUCGUUCCUGGCAAAGAUAAGCCAACAGCUGCUAAGAACAGAGAGCCUUUCCAUAAGCUGCUGGCCCAAGGCCUUAUCAAGGGGCAGACAUUCCGCCGACCAUCAGGACAGUAUCUCCAGAGAGAGGAAGUAGAUCUCACAGGUGCUGUUCCUGUUCAUGCAGAAACGAAGGAGAGGUUGGAGGUGACGUGGGAGAAGAUGAGCAAGUCCAAACACAACGGGGUGGACCCCGAGGAGGUCGUCGAGCAGUACGGCAUCGACACCAUCCGGCUCUACAUCCUUUUCGCCGCCCCUCCUGAGAAGGACAUCUUGUGGGAUGUGAAGACCGAUGCCCUUCCUGGGGUGCUGAGGUGGCAACAACGUCUGUGGGCCUUGGUGACCCGCUUCAUCGAGGCCAGGGCUCCCGGGACGGCUCCCCAGCCCCAGCUGCUGAGUGACGAGGAGAGAGCCGAGAGCAAGAAGCUCUGGGAGUACAAGAACUCGGUCAUCUCUGAGGUGACUGCCCAUUUCACAGAGGACUUCUCACUGAAUUCUGUAAUUUCUCAGCUGAUGGGACUCAGCAGUGCCCUCCUGCAAGCUUCUCAGAGAGUGGUCCUCCACAGCCCCGAGUUUGAGGACGCGCUGUGUGCCCUGACGGUGAUGGCCUCCCCGAUGGCCCCUCACAUCACCUCGGAGCUCUGGGCAGGCCUGGCGCAGGUGCCCGGGAAGCUGUGUGCCCACUACGCCUGGGAUGCCGGUGUGCUGCUUCAGGCGUGGCCGGCCGUGGACCCGCAGUUCCUCCAGCAGCCCGACGUGGUGGAGAUGGCCGUCCUGAUCAACAACAAAGCCUGCGGCAAGAUCCCCGUGCCCCAGGGAGUCGCGCGGGACCAGGACAAAGUCCAUGAGCUCGUCCUCCAAAGCGAGCUGGGUGUCCAGCUCUUGCAGGGGCGAAGCAUCAAGAAGGCUUUCCUGUCCCCCAGAACGGCCCUCAUCAACUUUCUGGUGCAGGACUGACUACAGGGGGUGCCCCUGAGGAAGGAGGAGUGUGCUGGCCCAGGGCAGGGAAGAGACCAACGUCUUGAAUGUUUACCUUCAUGCUCAGUUGGGUGGGCUUGGGCAGUGCGGUGGGGCCUGGCGCAGGGGUGAGGGUGGGUGUGGGCAGAGGCGGAGGGCUCGGGCAGCUGCUGCAGGUGGGGGAAGCCAACUGAGGCAUGUGAAGCCACCAGAGGAACUGCUGGGUGUCCCCUGGGUGUCUGCAGGAAGGCGAGAAGAGAAGCGAGAAUGAGUGGGGCGCCUCUCGAGCAGCCUGGGAGCUCUGACUCCUAGAAAUCGUACACCCAGGAACAUGAGGGUAAACUGAGGACCCACACACCGCACAGGAGCAGCGUGGACAGCCAGUGUUGGACGGGGGACAGCCUGGGCAUCGUGGCAGGUGGUCUCCUCGCUUUCACGCUGGACGGAGGAGCCAUGUGGGUCAUGUCCAAAUAUCCAGUAUAUGGCGUGGCCACUGCGGUCUGCAGAAGCUGCUCCGAACCCGAAGGCAGGCGGGGCCUGUCCCUCCGCAGUUGUCCCCACUGCGGGCCUGCGCGGAUGCUGACACAGGGGCUCUUCCUAACCACUCCCUCGGGGUGUCAGUGUGCUGUGUAGUGAAGCAGAACCACGCUGGUUCCGAGCUCAGCUGGAACCAGCCCGUUCCGGGGCGCACCGCAGCCCCGCGGGGAGGCUGCUCAGGUGGGCCUCAGAUGGCCCCGCCGUGGGUGUGGCCCCAGAGCCAGGCAUUCGCUUGAGCAAGCUCCCCGCGGCCGAGGGGGCUGGUGCCACCGGGCGCUGCCUCCGUGUUCAGGCCACCGCCACCUGGCUGCCCGGGAGGGGUCAGGACCGGACCCCCGUUGUCGGUGCAUUAGGGUAAUCUGGUUUUCUGUGAAGUCAGCAAUUAGGUGCUCUUCCCAGAACUGGCCUGAGCCACUGAUUAAUACUUAAUGGGGCAGUGGAGGAGAAUUUAGCCAUUCUGUGCUACUGAAAGGCUAUGUGUUCUGAUGCUGUUUUUCUGAAGUAGCCUCAGAUGUGUCUAUAGUCGAGCAGCUAACAGAUGACUUUUUUUAACGCAAUAAAAUAUGUGUCAUGUGUGAUCUUGGAAUAGCCGCCAUAUUUCCCAUUCUAGGAGUUAAUCAGGAACAGAUCGAGGUGUUCCAUCAUCAUCAGGAGCACAUGGAAAGUCAUAAAGUGAGGUGCCUGGAGGACUUACAGAACGUGGUAGACAACCCUGGUUCAGGCUCGUUAGCCACAGGGGUUAAGUUAUUGGAUCUCAAAUGUGGCUCAACUUGAUAUCAUUCCUGGUCCCCAUGCCCAGAAAUUCUGAUGUAAUUGAUCUAAGGUGUGUUUGGGCAUCAGGGAACCUUACAAGCUGCAUUGGUGAGUCUAAUGGGCAGCAAAGUGUGAGAACCACUGGGUUAAUUGAUGGAUUUGAACCGUAAUGUCUAACUAGUCCUUCCUCUCCCUCUCUCCCGCCUCACUGGGAUGAGUCUGGUUUGGGACCCAAGCAUGAAGGAGCAGAGCUGGGAAAGACCAGGCCCAGAAUGGGAGGCAGGGGCCAGAACUCUCCAGCAGGUACUUAAGAUGCUCCCGGAGCCCACUUGGGUGUACACGGCCCCAUUCCUUGUGGAUUCAAUAAAAGCAAGUGGAUGCCGAUAUUUGA